GUCUGGUGGCGUGAAGGAGAGCCGGAUGAGUUUCCUUACAUUUGGCUUCGAGAUAACUGCCAAUGCCCGGCCUGCUUUCUCGACACAGCGUCCAGCAGAGUGUCCAGAGUGACGGACAUUCCCCCUAACGCGCGCCCGAGGGAAGUGUGUGUGUCUGAGGACGGCGCUUCUCUCCGCGUGGUGUGGGAAGACGGACACGAAGGGACAUACAGUGCGAGUUGGCUUCACGAGCGAGCCUUCAACCCGACGCAGCAAAGCAUACACGAAAAUUUCUAUAAACUUCGGCCGGAGCUCUGGGACUCGGACAUGUCUCAGAGGAUCCCGAGAGCUUCCUUCGACGAACUCAUGGAGGACGACGCAGCACUCCUGAAGCUGCUCGAGUCCAUGGAGGUCCUCGGGUUCACGGUGGUGUCCGGAGCUCGGCAGGAGGAGGGGGAGCUGCAUCGUCUGAGCAAAAGGGUGUCAUACCUCGUGCCCUCACACUAUGGGACCACGUUCACUGUGAAGAGCAAGGCUGACCCAAGCAACCCAGCAUAUACCGGAAAAUACCUUGACUUGCACUCUGACUUGGUCUUCCUACAUUACAAACCAUGCGUCCAGCUGUUGCACUGCAUCACCCAGUUUUCGGGUGAAGGCGGCGACUCCAUCCUGGCAGACAGUCACCGUGUCGCUGUCCAGAUGCGGGAACUUCACCCGCAGAAGUUCCGAUUUCUCACUGAUGUCCUUGUGAACUUCCGCGACUUCGCUACUGACGAAGGGUUCCAGUUUGACAUCAUAGCAAGAAAGCCCAUGAUCAGCAUGAAACCCGACGGCGACAUCGACACCGUAAACAUUACGACGACGGGGCGCGACUCCCACUUCUGCGUUCCCCGAAGGACGCCGUCGGCUGGUACGACGCCUACCUCACCUUCUGCGACCUCCUCUACCGCCCCGACAACCACUUCUUCUACAAGUUGGAAGCCGGUGAAAUCCUGAUCGUGGACAACCUGCGCAUCCUCCACGGCAGAACGGGGUACCAGGCCUUCGACGGGGAGCGGCACGUGCAGGGAGGCUACUGGGACUGGGACAUGAUGAGGUCGCGCCGCCGGGUCCUUCAGAGGCAGCUCAGAGGCUCGCUGUCAGGAGUAUAGGACUCGCGGGAUUCCACAAACUCGAAUCCUCAAAAGAAAGAUGUAACGCGUUAUUAAUUCAAUGACAAAUGCG